GGAGCCGCUUGCGUUUGUGGAGCCGCCGUGGUCUUCUCCUUCGCCGCCCUUUUUGUAAAGUUAAUUGGCUCUGCCAUUCCCGUCUUUCAAAUCGUCGCAUUUCGCUCUGUCGUCUCUUUCACCAUCUGCCUGGUCUACGCACGUGCCGCUGGCCUCAAGCCCCUUUUCGGCCGCCGCGCAAACUUUCGCUUCCUCAUCUCCCGUGGCCUUUUCGGCGCCGCUGCCAUGACCACCUAUUACUUUUCCAUCAAGAUGCUUCCGCUGGCCGACGCGGUCACGCUGUUCUUCCUUAACCCAGCUAUUACCGCAGUGGCCGCUUGGGCGAUAAUGAAUGAGCCCCUAGGAUUCCGCGGCAUCAGCGGCGUCCUAAUCAGCUUGUGUGGUUUGAUCCUCCUGACCCGACCGCCCCUUCUUUUCGGGCACCAAGAUGAUUACACCACCGCCGGCAGCGCCAGCGCCGCCGCCGGCGGGGACAAACAGCGCCUGUUCGGAUCUAUGUUUGGCUUACUGUCUGCGGUUCUGUCUGCUGGGGCGUUUAUUUCGAUUCGGUAUAUUGGAAAGUCGGAGCCAGCGCUGGUGGUUUCAGUGUACUUCCAUGUGUGCGCUGCCGCGUCGUCAAUCGUACCAUUGGCGGCGGGGCUGCCGGCGCCGGCAGUGUGGCCCACUGGCGUGGGGUGGGCAUUGCUGCUGGGGGUGGCGUGCUGCUCGUUCUGGGGUCAAAUCCUCAUCGGUCGGGGCUUUCAGCUGAUGAACGCGGCACGGGCGUCUGCCAUAAACCUCACCCAGGUGGGUGCUGUUGCUGCUUAUUCAAGGGAAUGGCUUCAUGUUUUAUGCUUGAUGAGGACUGGCUGA